AUGAGGUUCACCCCAGCGCUUCUGAGCUUCGCCGCCGCCGUGGCUGCACAUGGCGACCAUGACCACGACCAAGAGCCAUUGGCCGGCCCCCACGAGGGUCUCUGGUACAACACGCUUCCUGGAGACGGUGGCAAGCAAGCCGACUCGGUGUUCUCGGGCAUCUCGACAUUCGGCCGCCUCAAGUACCACCCUUGUCUGUCCAGCGACGUCAACUACGACAUUGCGUUUAUUGGCGCCCCCUUUGACACGGGCACUUCGUACCGUCCCGGCGCGCGCUUCGGCCCCAGCGGCAUCAGACAAGGUUCUCGCCGCCUCAAUCUCUACGGCGGAUACAACGUGCCUCUCGAGGCCAACCCGUUUAACUCGUGGGCCAAGAUUAUCGACUGCGGUGACAUUCCCGUGACUUCAUACGACAAUGCGUAUGCGCUGCAGCAAAUCGAGCAAGGCCACAACCUGCUGCUGAGCCGCGCACCCUUUACCCACGCGCACAAGCCCGGGCCCUCGAAGAAGGGGAAAACACUGCCGCGCAUGAUCACGCUGGGAGGCGACCACACAAUCACACUUCCGCUGCUGCGCUCCGUGCACCGCGAGUACGGUCCUAUUACCGUGAUCCAUUUCGACAGCCACUUAGACACAUGGCGCCCCAAGGUCUUUGGCGGCGCCCCCAGCGACCAAGCCAGCAUAAAUCACGGCACGUACUUCUUCCACGCCGCGCAGGAGGGGCUCCUCGCAAACGACACGAGCAUCCACGCGGGCAUCCGCACCACGCUAUCGGGUCCCUCGGACUACGACAACGACGGCUACUGCGGCUUCCAGAUUGUCGAGGCCCGUGAAAUCGACACCAUUGGCAUGGACGGUAUCAUCAAGAAGAUCAAGGAGCGCGUCGGCCUUGUCAACCCUGUUUAUUUGAGUAUCGAUAUUGAUACCUUGGAUCCGGCUUUUGCCCCCGCGACCGGCACCCCCGAAACGGGCGGGUGGACGACGCGCGAGCUGCGGACGAUUAUCCGGGGCCUCGAAGGCAUCAAUCUGAUUGGUGCGGACAUCGUUGAAGUCGCGCCUGCGUACGACACGAAUGCCGAGUUGACGACCAUGGCGGCCGCGGACACGCUUUAUGAAGUCAUGACUUUGAUGGUGAAGAGGGGCCCGCUGAGUUAUAUGGGUGCGCCGCAGAAGGAGAAUGAAGAGUUGUAG